UUUUGUGUGUGCCCCUAUAAAAUCAUAUCACAUGCAUCUUGCUUUCUCCCACUAACUCUUCUCCUCUCUCUGAUCAAAGCAAUCCUUAGAUCUGUUUCUUAUAAGAGUCGUCGCAGAGAAGCAAGGGAGAGAGAUAAUGGGACGUGGAGUUAGUGCAGGUGGAGGGCAGAGUUCUUUGGGAUAUCUUUUUGGGAGCGGAGAGGCUCCAAAGACAGCUGUUAAUAAUGCCCCAGCUAAAACUCAGCCUCCUCCAUCUACUACUACACAACCUAAAACCGUUCCUCCAAAACCUGUUGAUAUUACAAAACAAGGACCAGCUGGUCUCAAUAGCAACUCUGCAAACAAUUACAUGCGCGCAGAUGGACAGAACUCCGGCAACUUCAUCACGGAACGGCCUUCGACCAAAGUUCACUCAGCUCCAGGAGGUGGCUCAUCUCUGAAUUACCUCUUUGGUGGUGGUAGCAACUAGCAAACGAGGCAAACUGUGUCACUCUCUCUAUCUUCUUAAUUAAACACCCCAAGUCUUCCUUUUCUCAUUCUUGUGUAACCUCUUGUUCCCUGGCAAAAACUAUCUCCUAAAUAUUCGUAUAGAUAUGUGUUUCAUAUGUUGUAUUUCGUAUUUCAAACACAACACUGGUGAUUAUAUAUCACAUUUUCAGUUUUCCAUUGAUUCUGAAGUAUAUCAAAACUUUGUUCUACUGCAGAAAUAUUGUGAGGAUAAUAAAUAUGCAUAGGCGUGCCGUUUUG